AUGGGUAAUAGCGAAUCUGUUCAGUAUAAUCAAAAGGGACCGGUAGAUCUUCCUACAUCGAUUAAAGUAAAAAAUAAAUCAUGCAUUUUCGGUUAUGCGACUGCCAUAGAUGAGAUUAUCUCUCGAUGUGUUAAUGAAAAAUAUCAUGAAAAACAUUGUCAAGACCCUCUUGAAAUGAACUCUGUUCCAUGUUACAAGCAAGAUGACCUACAAAACUCCAGCCUUUCUAUUACAAAAUUAGCAAGACAACUCUGUAAAGUUGGAAACGGUUCAAUACCAUGUUUCAGAUUUCAACAACCCUCAGCAGAUUUUGAUGCUAUUUGUGAUUUCUUUCAAUAUGCUAUCAUUUUAAGAAAGGCUAAUACCCAGCUCAUGAAACGUGAAACUUUGGAUCAUGCUUACGGAAUUAAAUAUGUUUCAGUUAAAAAAGAUGAUGACGAGUCCAUCGAUAAAAAUGCUGUUGACCGGGUAAAUUCUGAAUUCAUUAGCGAACUUCGGCAAAUUAAACACGAACUCGAAUCAUUGGAAGAAACUUUCAGCAACUCAGCAUUAAAAGACAUGAUUUCCGCUUUAAGUAGUUGGUGCACCAAAUUUAAAAUGACUCGUAAUGAAUGGUCACCAGUAAUUAAUAAAAUGAAUACAUUCAUUUCUGCGAAACCAAUAAAUGACACCCGAUAUUUUGAAGCAUACAUCACAGCACUUUCUUUAUAUACGUUCGCAGCUCUUUUACAAAACUAUGAUAAGACCAAAAUCUGUAAUGCGAUAAAUCAUUCCUGUGAACUACUUUUACCAUUUAUCUAUACUUCAGUGCAUCAUAAUGCUGAAGGAUCUUUCAUUAAUAACGUUGAAAAAAAAUUACCAGGUAUGAGAUUAAUUGACAUUUUUGGUGGAUUACAUCAAGGUUUAAAGAUAGCGACGAUUCAAAAGUUUGAAUGUGAACAAGAUAAUAUAAUUUCCACUUCACGAGUUUCAAAAUUUGUAAUCGGUCUUGAAAAAUUACAAAUUUUACCACCAACAACCAUUUCCAAACAUGAAAAAUGGAAUAACGUGACUAUAAAAGUUGAUGUUAGAUUUCCAUUGGAUUUCAAAACUAAAUCAAAUGGUAAUUUUGUGCGGUUACGAGAUACCAGAUCUGAGACGUGGGAAUUCAAGCCUAAUAAACAUAAUAUUUACAUUUCUCGGCUAGUAUUUAAAGCUAUUUUGGAAAUUUCAUCGAUUUUUUCGGUCGUUGAGUCAUUGGGUGUUACAAAAGAUAAUAAAAACGACAAUAGAAAAGAUAGUAGUGGUGAAGACUCUGAUAGUUCUGAUAGUACUGAUAGUUUGUUAUCGCAGGAACCGGCGUUUACCAUCAAUAGCGAACAUUUAAAACAUAAAAAAAGUUACUGUCGAAAAGUUUAUUGUAAUUUUUCUACUCACGGAUAUGAUGAUAUUAUU